UGCCGCUGAAAACAGUGUACUCCUCCGGCUGCAUUAUCUGACUGCGCGGUGGGUUGUGGGUGUGUGAGCGUCGAAGUAAAAUGGCGGACUUGGCAAACGAAGACAAGCCUGCCAUAGCACCUCCUGUGUUUGUGUUUCAAAAAGACAAAACGGCACAGAAGCGAUCAGCAGAUGGCUCCAGUGCAGAAGAUGGAGAAGACUCGGACAAAGAUGAAGGAAACUAUUGCCCUCCGGUGAAAAGGGAGAGGACCUCUUCGUUCCCGCCUCCACACUCUGUUUCCAAGAACAAUGUAUUCAUGCCCUCGAGUUUCAGCCAGUCCCCGACCGGCAACUCUGACUCUGAGCCAGAGGAGAAGCCAACAGGAUUCAGACUGAAACCACCAACCCUCAUACACGGACAAGCCCCCAGUUCAGGCGUCCCGAGUCAGAAACCCAAGGAGCAGCAGCGUAGUGUGCUCCGCCCUGCAGUCCUCCAGGCCCCGCCCUCCAAAUCACACAUAGACUCAAAUUCCAGUUGUGGAACGAACGGAGUAAAAAAGUCUGAGGAGGCGUCAGCGACAUCUCUCUUCCUGAACAACACAGAGCACUUAGGUGGCCAGACCAAGUCACUGAAACAUGAAAACGAGGAAGACGGAGCAAGUAGUAACAAAGAGGGAGGUGGAGCCGAAAAGAGCUCAGAUGUAGCAAUAUCUUUUGUGUUCGGUCAAAAUAUCAAAGACAGAGCUAAGCUCGAAGAAAACAAUACAGAUGACAAGUCAAAGGAUAGUGCUUCAUCGGACUCUCAAUCGGAGACCACUAAUUAUUUUUUACAGUACAUCUCUACCCCAAGUUCAAAAAACGCAGCAAACAGUACAGACGGUGGUGCAAAAUUUGUUUUUGGGCAGAACAUGUCCGAUCGAGUUUUGAGUCCACCAAAAGGAGAGUUGGCAGCUGAAGAGACGAAAGAGGCCCCAGAUGCUUCGCCCUCAUCACAGGAAAACACGCCAGAGAAGGCGAACAACGCAUCGGAGUCGUUGGAGGAAUCCGCAGCAGCAUACACCAAAGCCACAGCCAAGAAGUGCGUCUUAGAGAAAGUGGAGGUCAAGACCGGAGAGGAAUCAGAAAGCAAUGUUUUACAGAUGCAGUGCAAGUUAUACGUGUUUGAGAAGACAGCUCAGACAUGGAUAGAGCGAGGGCGAGGGUUACUGCGGCUCAACGACAUGGCAUCAACAGAAGAUGGGGCAUUACAGUCACGUCUCGUGAUGAGGACACAGGGCAGUCUGCGACUCAUCCUGAACACAAAGCUGUGGGCACAGAUGCAGGUGGACAAGGCCAGUGAGAAGAGCGUCCGAAUCACUGCCAUGGACACAGAGGACCAGGGAGUCAAGGUCUUCCUAAUAUCGGGCAGCUCUAAAGACAUCGGUCAGCUGGCGGCGGCACUGCAUCACCGAAUCCUGGCUCUUAAGAGCAAAGCGGAGCAGGAGCCUGAGGUCCCGGCUGUGACUGUCCCAGAGCCAGAUAUCCCCCAAUCCAACGAGGAAGACAGCGAUGAGGAAGAGUCCGCCAACGCAACAGCCUCCACCACAGCAAACAGUACUUCAGAGGGCACGGAGGGCCAGGCGGCGGGGAGCACAUAGCACCUCUCUGGGACAGCCUGUAACUGCUGCUGAGGAGGCAUUUUACUGUUGGCAUCUCCAUGGACACCCCUUUGACCAACAUGGGUCCCACAGACCAGUACUUUUGGAUAUUAGAAAACUAGCUCCAGGAAUAACCCCUUUGUGCCGGAGUGUCUCACCCAACUUUGUGCAGUCCAUCUUUUCUGCGUAACCUCUGGAGUCGUCUCUUCCCUCCCAACUGUUUCUGUUAUUUUUUUAUUUUUAUUUUUUUCGUUUGGUUUUCCCGCUCUUUUCCUCCUCCUCUUCCCCAAUAGCAAAAAUAAAGACUUCAAAGCUUUGGUUUGGGACUUUUCUGCUCAUCAUAUUGAUGAGUGUAAGGGUGUUUCCUCUACAUUUUAAAGUAUGGCACAUGUUAAAGACUGCAGUUUCUACUUUGGGACCUUUUUACUCAUUUGCCCGGAGCCUCUGGAGUCACCGUCCAGAGAAGUUAUCAUUGUAUUCGACUAGUCCUCAGUCCACUGUACCCCGCCCGUGCCCACCCUCUGUGCGUUUAGGUUUAAUGGCAAAUGUAACUUAUUUUUGCCUGUCAUUUAUUCAUCGAGGCGUCAAAACAUAUGUGCUGUUUCUAAUGGCUAUAGCCGAGACCACUCAAGUUGUCAUUAAUAGCAGUUUCUUAUAUUUCCUAUUGACCUAUAUUAUAGUGAAUAAAAGACUGAGACAAUGCAGUUCUAAUGUGAGUUUAUGAGAACAAAAGGGCAGAGGGUCACCUCCAAUUUUCUCUAAAUUAAUGUUUGUCAAUCUUUUUUUUUACUUUUUUUUUUUUUUUUUUUACUUUUUUUUAUCAAGAAAUAACUCAUCAGUCUCCAUUCUGCAUGUAACUUUCUUUUCAGGGUUUAUUGUGUUCAUGCAUAUUUUUAUUUGAUUUAUAAAAUCUUUUGUCCAUUUAGAAUUGGUAAAAUGUGUUGGAAAUGAAGGCUUGACUUCAUGUGUGGAUAAUUUGAGUGAAAACUGUAACCCCCUCUGAAUCAUGUACAUUUGAAUAUAUCAUUUAAUAGAGCACCAUGUUUUCUCAUCUCCCUCCGCUGCCCCCCUUUACAAAAUAAACCAUUUCGACUCA